AUGGCAAGAAACCAGCGAUUGGAAUCGACCUGGGGACGACGUACUCGUGUGUCGGGCACUAGGGUUGAGAUCAUAACAAAUGACCAAGGCAACAGAACUACCCGGUCUUAUGUAGCUUUUACCGAUGAAGAGCGUCUUGUUGGCGAUGCAGCUUUCAACCAAGUUGGGCUGAAUCCCGUCAACACUGUCUUUGAUGCAGUCAUCACUGUCCCUGCCUAUUUCAAUUAUUUGCAACGCGCAACGUCGGAUGCAGGAGAGAUUGCGGGUAUUAAUUUGUUAAGUAUCCUCGGCGAACCAACCGCAGCUGCCAUUGCCUACAGUGUUGACAAUCAGUUUAGCAUCGCAAAUAAGCGGAACCUUCUAAUCUUUGAUCUCGGGGGCGGUACCCUUGAUGUUUCAGCUCUCACCGUUGAAAAGGGUCGGAUUGAAGUCAAAGCUAUUGCUGGUGAUUCUCACCUUGGUGGGGAAGACUUUGACAAUAGGUUGGUGAACCACUUCAUCAUGGAAUUGAGAUUGAUUCAUUGUUUGAAGGUAUUGACUUCUCAGAACCAAUUACCCGGGAUUCCACGAGUUCAGCAAAUGCUGCAAGAUUUGCUAAAUGGGAAGGAGCCUUGCAGAAACAUCAACCCGGAUGAAACUGUUGCUUACGGCGCAGCUGUUCAGGCCGCAUUCUUGAGCGGCCAGUGCAAUGCAAAGAUUAGGAGCUUGUACUUGUGGAAGUUACCCCAUUAUCCCUAG